AUGGACCAGUCAUGGCCACUCCAGUCUUUUGGCGACCUGCCUCUCUUCCGCUGGGAAGAUGUCAACCAAAAUGCUCCGACAUCCGCCCGAAACUACCCACCCAUACAGGACAGGGCAGCCUCCGAUAUCACCUCUCGGCUUUCGACCCGCUCCUAUCCUCCGCCCGAAUCAUAUAUCUCAGAAACCCCUCAAAAUCAAGAAUCAUGCUUGCCUAGCGACGCAGUCCCCGCGGACCAUUCUCACCACCAAAAAACAGCGAAGUCUUCUCGCUUCAAAUCGACACCUCGGCGGUCUGUGAAAUUCCAGGGACUGCAAACUAAGACGGGUGCUUCGUCAAUCCAAGAACCUGGAAAACCGCGCGAAACUGUCAUGAAAUCACCAAAUGACGGUCCUGAUGAGCGCCGUCGCACGCAGCUUCGCCUAGCACAACGUGCGUAUCGCACUCGCCAGCAAGCGACCAUCAAAGACCUAGGAAAUCGCAUUUCCCACCUGGAAACUAUUUUGGAAAGCAUGAGCUCUACUGUUCUAUCAUUCAGUGAGCAAUUAGUUGACUCUGGGGUGCUAGAGUCUUAUUCUGGCCUGACAGUGAGUCUACGUGAUACUAUGAAGACCUUUCUUUCAUUAGCAUCCGAAGCAAGCCCUGACAGCAGGGUACGGAUUCCUGAUGAACCUUCACAAACCGAAGAACAGGAAGACUCGUCCCUGUCUUCACACCUUGCAACGACGACGCGUUCGCUACCCAGUACCUCUCUCCCUGCGUUUGUGGAUCACGACAGGCCUCAUUUCACUGGUUCUGGUAUUCCACCUACAGUCAGUUCAUCGGCAAAUUCUUUCAUAGGACUGUCCGAAUUCAUUGAAAGACUGAACAUGGAAGCCCUCUACCAGUCAUAUCUGGCUUUAUCUAACCAGGCCAUUGGGCUGGAACAACUCCAAAGGCCAUUUGGGUUAAUUCUAAGUAUGCUGGAUCGCGAAACCGUGGCGUCUUACGCGAAAGCAGAACUAGACGCUAUAUUAAACCGAAAGUCAUUAGAAGGAUGGGAAAGAGUGCCCCUGUUCAGCUUGGGCGGUGCAGGAACUCAUUAUCUAGGGCCGUCUUCGCUGCAAGCCCAAAGCGAGGGCCUCCCUUCCUAUUCUCAUCGAAGAUGGGACAUAGUUGAGGACCCUUUAGCCCUGGUUGCGUCUGAUCUACAAGAGGAUCUAGAAGGGGACUGGUUCGACUUGCAUGAUCUGGAAGAAUUUCUUCGGGAUAAAGAGUUGCUUCUGCUUUUGCCUACUGAUAACCCAACGAAAGGCUCAUCGACGCAGACCAUCAUUGAUGUCGCUCCAUUAAUCAGCAGGGGAGUUUGCCUGGGUCGCACGCCUGGUUUUCAACGCGGGGACGAUGUAUCCUUGACUGCCACGGGGAGAGAUGGUGCUUUUGCCGAGUAUAUUGUCGUGAAAGGGGAUCUUCAGAUGAAGAUCCUAGACAAUAUGAGCUUCCAGGAAGCUGCCGCCCUAGGAGCAGAUAUCCAGACUAUUGGCCAGUCUUUUUACCAGAUAUUGGGCCUUGAUCUUUCCACUCAGCCUUUCAAAGAUGCCACUUCUACUCCUAUUCUUAUCUAUGGUGGUUCCUCCGCGACCGGUACCCUAGCGAUCCAAUUCGUUAAGCUCUCCGGCUAUACCGUGCUCACAACCUGUUCACCUCACAACCUCGACCUUGUUCGCAGUCUAGGCGCGAACGCCGUCUUCGAUUAUAAGGAUUCUAGCUCCGCCGCUGAAAUCCGCGAUUAA